GAAGCUCGGAUACUGGAACAUUGACAUGGCAUAUUCUUCUCCCAAUCGAUGCACCAUGUUGAAAGGCCUCGUCCUUGAUCGUGCAGGGGCACCAAUGGCUGAUGUCCAACUCUGGGCAGUUGGGAAAGGCUACUACGGUCGAUCACCAGACACAACUGACAAGGAUGGACGCUUUGGAGCUCUCCUGGUGCAGUUUGACAGUGAGAUAGACUUGGAGGUCAGCUACCGCAAGCCCCUGAACACUGACGAGAAGCUCAACGUCUAUUUUCAG